AAGAAGAUGAUCUAGUCGACUCUUUAUUACGGAGAAUGGAAAGAUAUACGUUAAACUUAGAGGAAAUUGUAGAGGAAAGAACAGGUCAGCUCGCUGCAGAGAAAAAACGUUCCGAUGAGUUAUUAUACCAAAUAUUACCACAAUCUGUUGCUAAUGAGCUAAGGCUAGGAAAAUUUGUAACACCAGAAUGGUUUGACAGUGUGACGAUAUAUUUUAGUGAUAUAGUGGGAUUUACAGAAUUGUCAGGCAGUAGUUCGCCAAUGGAGGUUAUAUCUCUACUCAAUGACUUAUAUUCAAAUUUUGACAGCAUUAUAGAAACAAUGGACGUAUACAAGGUUGAAACAAUUGGAGAUGCAUAUAUGGUAGUUUCAGGACUCCCUAUCAGAAAUGGAAGUGAUCAUGCAGCGGCAAUAUGCAGACUGUCCUUAGAAUUACGCCGGCAAAUCCAAAAUUUCGAAAUACGACACCGUCCUGGUCAAAAACUGAGGUUGAGAAUUGGAAUUCACACAGGUCCAUGUGUUGCUGGAGUUGUUGGGUUGAAGAUGCCUCGUUACUGUUUGUUUGGUGAUACUGUAAAUGUUGCAUCUAGGAUGGAAUCGAAUGGUGAAGCGUGUAAAAUACAUAUAAGUAAUACCACUAAAGAAAUUCUAGACGGUAGCUUUGAUUUGGAAGAAAGAGGACAGCUUAAUAUUAAGGGGAAAGGAGUAAUGACCACUUACUGGUUGCUAUCGGAAAAGAAAACAACGACAGAAUUAGCAUCAAUUAGUACGAUACACAUGGAUGUAUAAUAUCUUUAUUAGUUUAAAUCUUGCCUAUCAUACUGCAUGUCGUUACUUUUAUAUCGGCAUUUCGCAAGUCAUAUCUUCUAGCCUGGGAUGUGUUUUAAUUAUGUUAGUCUUUGGUGCCUGAUUUUAUAUUAUUAAUUGGUUUUUGCUUUUAACUAGCUUUCAGUAACUGUGAAUACUCUCAAAUCGAACAUUCGUGUUACCUUGUCCUGAAGACACAAUUUGGAAUGUAUUUCUAUUAUUCAAUGUUAACUUAUUUUGUGUUAUAUCGUGUUACUUUUUUAAUAUGUACCAUCCUUGAAGUAUUUUGUAUGACGAAAACAUUUUCACUUUUAUACUGCUACUAUGAAGAACAAAUUUAUUUUAUAAAAACAGUUUAUUAUAUUGAAUUGACCUGUGUACGUUACUUUAUUUGACGCCGUUUUUAACAAGUUAAAGUUGUCUUUUUGACAUUGAAACUUUUUUUUUAUUGAUAUUGUUUUAUAUAUCAAAUUUAUUGUUUUUGUGUAUUGUCUUUCUGAUCGCGUUUAGUCAUUUCAAUUCAUAUUAUAUUGUGUGUCUGUUUAUGGUGUUAUGUUAUACCACUGUUUCAGGUAAGGGUGAAUGUUUUCGUUUUUAAAGGUAUACAAUUUUGAACGGAUGUUAUACUAAUAGAAAAAAAUAUUGAAAUAUCAGACUGUUGAUUUUUUGAUGAUUUUCAAAUUAUUAUACGUAAUCUUUAACACUCCUUAUUGUGCGAAAUGUU